AUGAAGAGGGUACAGCUCCAACGAUGGAGCAGUACAGUCCUUUCGACACGGGCUCGGGCUGCUAGCCGACUGCAUCAACAAGUGUUUGCUACCGGAUCGCGGUGCCAAUCGACGGCAUCUCCCCUGCAGGCUGAGUCCAGCGCUCAAGAAGGCCUUGGAGAUGCUGGCUUUGAAGAUGUGGAGUUGAUGAAGCACGUUCGAAGUGCUCACAGGCGCAAGGACAUGCUCAAAUAUCCCUCUCCUCCGGUCGAUGCCGCGCUCAAUUCCGCCAAACUCGCUGCUCUUCACGCUCGACUCUACCUCCCCUCCCGAUUACCCCCUCAGACGCUUGCGCGAGCAUUGGUUGAUGCCUCCGCGGAUUCCAACCCCGAUUUCAACAACGAAUCGCUAGCCACGCUUGGUCACGACCUCCUCACCUACUACACCACCGAGCACCUCCUUUGCACCUACCCCCGCCUUCCCUUGACUGUCAUCUUUGCCGCCAUGUACGCCUAUGCCGGUCCCAAAACACUCGCUGCGAUGGCCAGAGAAUGGGGUGUGGAACAUGCUUCAUUGCCUGGUGGAGAAGUCGAUCCCGGUCUGCUGCAGUUCCGCAGGGUCGCACCUGGCAGCGACUUGAAUGUCCUUUAUAACAAACGCACACCUCGCCCAUAUGCUGCACAGAAAGCAUGGAGGAUGACGGUGACAUCGAAGAUCUUCUACGAUGACGAGUUUGGUGACGCGAUCAAGGGACCGGAAACUUCGGGUGAGGGUGUUACGGCUGAGCUCGCCAGUGCCACUUUCGUCCGCGCCGUGAUGGGUGCCAUCUACCUCCACGCUGGCCGUCCGGCAGCCAAGCGCUUCUUUGAGCAGCACUUCCUCUCUCGACACCUCAACAUCUCCCAGCUGUUCAACUUCUCCCAGCCCGCCCGUGACCUGGCUCGUCUGUGUGCCCGCGAAAACUUCGAGCCCCCAGUUGCCAGAAUUAUUAGCGAGACCGGUCGGAAGAGUAGACAUCCCGUCUUUGUGGUCGGUAUCUUCUCUGGCCAGGAUAAGCUGGGCGAGGGCGCUGGCGCCAGCCUGAUCGAGGCCCGAGAGCGCGCGGCUCUCGCUGCUCUGAAGGGAUGGUAUCUCUACAGCCCCCUCAACGUGCGUGUUCCUAGCUCUAUGGAGGAAGAGGGUGCUGCGCCCUGGAAGCCCGUCUAUGUUGACCUGGGUGAGGUCAUCGUCUAA